ACCUCGUAACCCGCCUUGAGCCUCAGCGAGACAGGCGGACUAUACACGGCAGCAAUAACACCAGCGCCUCUCCCCGCUGGGCUGCUUUCCCCGAGGCCUUCAUCCCGUCGCCGGGGAAGCCCCUUCCCGCCCUCCGAAGCGGGGCGGGCUCGCCGGGGCCGGAGGCGAGGCUUGGGCGGCCACUCCUCCUCAGCCUGGCCGGGUCGGCGCGGCGCCUCUCGGCUCAUGCCCGUCCGAAGAUGGCCGAAGCCGGCGAGGCCGCGGCUGGCCCCUCGCCGCCGCCGCCGCCCCUGCUCCUCGGCCGGGCCCGGGCGCUGGGCGAGCUGGGCGGCGGCACUCAGGCCUCGCAGCGGCUCCUGGCCUAUAGCGACGCGCUGCUCUCCAUCAUCGCCACCGUCAUGAUUUUGCCAGUGGCUCAUACAAAAAUACAUCCUGAUCAGAAACUCAAUGAAAGCGUUCAGCAGCUCCUAGCCACCAAAAUUGCUGUUUAUCUGAUGACAUUUUUAAUAGUGACAGUGGCUUGGGCGGCUCACGUCAGACUUUUCCAAGUGAUUGAACUCAUAGAUGAUGUCCUUGCACUUUUAAAUUUGGCCUGCAUGAUGCUGAUUACGUUUUUGCCAUACACGUUCUCCUUAAUGGCCUCCUUUCCAGAUGUCCCAUUUGGCAUUUUCAUGUUUAGUAGCUGUGCUGUUAUAAUCGGCAUUGUUCAGGCCGUCAUUGUCAUGUAUGGGUUCCAUCACCCAUAUCUACUUAAUCACCAAAUUCAAGUGUCUGAAGACCAAGCGUUUUAUAAGUAUCAUAUCUUGAAGAUUAUACUACGAGGACCAACACUUAGCUUUUUUGCUGCCAUCUUCUCAUUCUUCUUUGUCCCGAUGUCUUACGUGUUCCUAGGUCUCAUUACAUUUUUCCCACAUAUCCAUCACCUAACCAAAUGGUUUAAAAGCAAGGCUGUUGGUGCAGAAGAGGAGGUCCCUUUGGAGUCGUUUACUUUUUAUCUCAAUGAACCUCUGAGCAAGGAAAGAGUAGAAGCCUUCACGGAUGGAGUUUAUGCUAUUGUAGCAACCCUGUUAAUUCUGGAUAUAUGUGAAGAUAAUGUUCCUGAUGCUAAAGAAGUUAAAGAGAAAUACCACGGAAAUCUCAUCAGUGCUUUGAAUGAAUACGGUCCAAAUUUCCUUGCCUACUUUGGCUCAUUCGUAACUGUUGGCCUUCUCUGGUUUGUCCACCAUUCACUGUUCCUUCACGUAACGAAAACGACUCGACUAAUGGGUCUCCUUAAUAACCUUUCCUUGGCUUUCAUUGGAGGGCUCCCUCUUGCUUACCAGCUGACCAGUAAUUUUGCAAAGAAGUCUCACAAUGAAAUAGAAGCCAUCCAGGUCAGUUGUGUUACUAUUUUUUUUGCUAGCAUCUUCCAGUUCGGUAUAUGGGUUGCCGCUCUGUUCUACGAAAGAGAGACGUUGCAUCCUUAUGCCAGGUAUGGUGGCAAAGAACAUGCUUUUAUGUUUGCCAAGCUCGCUCUCUACCCUUGUGUUUGCCUACUUGCCUUCUUCCUGACUUGUGUCCUCAGUGAAUUGAGUGCCGAUAUCUUUCAUCUCAUGCAGAUAAUCGUCCCAUUUGCCUUCCUUGUGUUGCGUAUCUUUGUUAGAAUAGCUUUGAUGACAAUCAAGCACGUAACAUCCCUGUCCAGACGAAGGGACAACGUAUUGGAAGAAGAAGAAGAAGCAUGUUUGUCUCCUCCUGAAACAUUGUCAUAGGAUCUUUGGUGUACUUUUAUUGUGAUAGCUGUGGAAUUGCUACGCCUUGAGCAUAUCUGACUUCUUGGAUCUAAGCCACAGCUGGAUAUAUUUCGUUUAUAACUUGAGUCCCUUUGCUCAAGCAAUAUAAAUUCCUCCAGGGCAAGAAGCCCAUCAGUGCAAACUCCCACAAAUUGAAAGUCAUCGCACCGGGGGUUUCUCUCUCUCCUCUCUUGUAGUCGGACGUGACUGGCCGUGGCUCAGUGGUGAGCUUUUUCAUUUGCCUCCAUUUUAUGGAGCACUUCCCUGGACGCCUCAGGAAGGCCAUGUUGAUGGCAGAACUUUAUAGAAGGGCUUUCAAGGCCUUGCAGCAGGGCGGCCGUGUGUGGAGGGCAAAGUGUGCUGUGCCCAGGGGCUUUUUUUCAGGGGGAAUGCGGGGGAACGGAGUUCCGGAACCUCUUCAAAAUGGUCACAUGGCUGGUGGCCCCGCCCCCUGAUCUCCAGGCAGAGGGGAGUUGAGAUUGCCCUCCGUGGAGUUCCGGAACCUCUUCAAAAUGGUCACAUGGCCGGUGGCCCCACCCCCUGAUCUCCAGACAGAGGGGAGUUGAGAUUGCCCUCCGUGGAGUUCCGGAACCUCUUCAAAAUGGUCACAUGGCUGGUGGCCCCGCCCCCUGAUCUCCAGACAGAGGGGAGUUGAGAUUGCCCUCCGUGGAGUUCCGGAACCUCUUCAAAAUGGUCACAUGGCUGGUGGCCCCGCCCCCUGAUCUCCAGACAGAGGGGAGUUGAGAUUGCCCUCCGUGGAGUUCCGGAACCUCUUCAAAAUGGUCACAUGGCUGGUGGCCCCACCCCCUGAUCUCCAGACAGAGGGGAGUUGAGAUUGCCCUCCGUGGAGUUCCGGAACCUCUUCAAAAUGGUCACAUGGCUGGUGGCCCCGCCCCCUGAUCUCCAGACAGAGGGGAGUUGAGAUUGCCCUCCGUGGAGUUCCGGAACCUCUUGAAGAUGGUCACAUGGCUGGUGGCCCCGCCCCCUAAUCUCCAGACAGAGGGGAGUUGAGAUUGUCCUCUGCGCUGCUGAGCGGCGCGGAGGGCAAUCUCAACUCCCCUCUGUCUGGAGAUCAGGGGGCGGGGCCACCAGCCAUGUGACCAUUUUGAAGAGGGCAACCCACUGAGUUCCACCACCUCUUUUCCCAGGAAAAAAGCCCUGGCUGUGCCUAAAGUUUGAUGCAACUUCCCCAGGAAGAGCUCAGCGUUCUGUAUCUGAGAAAAACGUGGCAGAGAGAGACCCCUCUAAAAAAGCACUGCAUCGUCUAGCUAACAAGGGUUCUGCGCUUUCCUGUUUAUUGCACUUUACUAUGGACAUAAAAUGGCAUUGUGUUUUCAGUGGCUUAUGAUGCUACAUGUAUUACUGUACGGAGUAAUUUGUUGGGGUAAUGCACUAUAUUGUAUAUCAAAAUUCACCCUCAAAUCUGA